AUGACGAGAUAUAUGAAUAUGUCUAGAGAGAGGAUCCCAACAAUGAUAACUCUUGUGUUUAGUUUCAUAACCAAGGAAACAACACAUGUGAACCCGAGGUUCAAGUUUACUAUGUUCAUGAGACUGAAGAAGAACAAAACAGACACAACCAAAAACUCGAAGAGAAUUAUAAUCUGGAGAGGUAUGAUAAAGACACUCAAAGGGAGUGUUACCAAGAACAGAAGAAGGAAGUCUAUUGAUAACAUGAAUAGCAGUAAGAACAGUUUCACCCCGAGACAAGAAAACUUAGACAAAGUACCCUGUUCUACAAGAAAGGUUAAAAGUUUGUACACGAACAUUUGUAUUGGUAUUGCUAGAGGCUUAGCAUACCUCCAUGAAGAAUCAAGAUUGAAGAUAGUUCAUAGAGACAUUAAAGCCACAAAUGUCUUGCUUGAUAGAGAUCUUAAUCCGAAGAUAUCUGAUUUUGGUUUGGCCAAACUUGAUGAAGAGGACAAUACCCACAUUAGCACCCGAAUAGCAGGAACAUAUGGAUAUAUGGCUCCAGAAUAUACAAUGCAUGGUUAUUUAACUGACAAAGCAGAUGUCUAUAGUUUUGGAAUUGUUGCUUUGGAAAUCAUUACGAGAAAGACUAAUACUAUUCUGCGGCAGAAAGAAGAAGUAAUUUAUUUGCUUGAUCUGGCACGUUUGUUGAAAGAGAAAGGCAAUCUAAUGGAGCUAGUUGAUAGAAGAUUGGGCUCAAAUUUUGAUAAAGAGGAAGCCAUGAUAAUGAUUAAGGUGGCUCUAUUAUGCAUUAAUGUGUCUGCAACACUUAGACCAAACAUGUCUUCAGUAGUAAGUAUGUUAGAAGGCAAAAUUAUAGUUCAAGAACCAGUUUUUGAUAAGCCAAGUGAGGCAUUGGAUGAAAAGAAAUUGGAGGCAAUGAGAUUGUAUUGUUUUGAAGAUCAAAGUAUCUCAACGGAGGAUCCAUGGACUACUUCGUCUACUUCUGCAAGAGAUUUGUAUCCAUUAAAUUUGGACUUUUCUUACUUAGAGAAGAGAGAAUAUUAA